UUAUGCCCUAAUAACUGGCUGCAGAAAAAAGGGAAAUGCUAUAAUUUCUUAAAAACCUUUAAAUCAUGGACCGAUAGCCAAAAAUCCUGUUUAAUAAUGAAAUCACAUCUCUUGAUGAUCCAAGACAUGGCUGAACUGAAUUUCAUACAGAGUAGUAUACCGGAUGGAAUUUACUUUUGGAUGGGUCUGAACAUCACGCACCCACAAAAGGCAUGGACCUGGCUGGACGGCACCCCAUUAAAUCUACAGUUAUUUCAAGUCACGGGCCAAGUUGAAGAUAACGCCUGUGCUGUAAUAACAAAGAAGGGUGUGUUUUCCGAAAAGUGUUGUAAUGAGAGUUACUGGAUUUGUCAACAUGUGAUUUCUUCAGACAAUGACUUCUAAACUGAUUGCAGUCUAUCCUUCCUAUCAAAAAAAAAAAAAAUUCGGAAGUCUUUUUUUAUUUAUGUAUUUUUGUAGAUGUACAUCAUUUUUACAACAAAUAUUAUGGUGAUGAUGAUGAUAAUGGUGUAGAUUUGUGUCACUAUAACUCUGGGCAAUCAGACUUAACUCAUUCUUUUUGGCCUUGUCACUCUUGUCACUGGUGCUAUAAUUCAGCAGUCAUCCCCCAUUCAUCAUAGUGGCUCUUUUAGACAGAAGUUGGCCUUUCAUCUCUUCAACAAUUCU